CACACACAUAUUUGCAUCGCGAAUUUGCUGGUUUCGGAGACUUCCAUGCCGCUCAACGUCGCUGCGUUUUUGCCAAUUUUGCCAACGCGAUUUUCUGCACUGCAGCAUAGACAUGAGCCAUGUUGAAGUGGAAAACUGCCAGCCAGGGGUACUGCUUCAAUCGAUAUCAGCGAUCAAGUAUAUUCCAUCGUGGCGAAACGACGGGUCUCGCUAUUCUUCCUGAUCCUGUGCAGAUCCUGUCUGCAGGCUAAUUCUUCGCAGAAGUAACUUCCGGAAACGAUGGCGACGGCGCUGGCGCAAUGGCUCACUACCGAGUUUGCUGUGCGAAAGCCACAUGCUGGUCAGCAACAACGACGAGGAGCCUGAGGCGGCCCUCGCAGAGGCCAACCGUCCACCGGACUCCAAGGUGCAACAGAGAGCGAAGGCUAAUGAUGUGGAAGCCAAGCUGGCGCACGAACUGGCGGCCAAAUUGCGGUCGAGAGAUCUGCACAACGCCUCGUCAAACGAAAAUGAAGAUUCUCCAGUCUACGAAGACGACGACCUGCCCAUACUUGAGAGUAACCGCACGUCCUGUGCCACAACCCAGGAGCCGAUCAUGGUCAUGUCGACGGUGGACGAACCGGUGGAUCGCCUGAGUGACAGCGUGCCUGAAGGAGAGCUGCACGUUUGGGUGUACGAAGCUCGACAGCUGAACGCGCCAUGGCCAAUGACGGACGCCGUCUACGAUGAACAUGGACUGCGUGUACGGUGCACAUUGCUAGGAGCCGUACAGCAGUCGCCAUGCAAUACAUCAGGGAACAGGAGCAACCCGGUGUGGCGUCAGGAACACGACAGGGCUCGCGACGGGCUAGGAGGGCAUUUUGCAUGGGCGUUGGGCCAGCCAGACGUAGCAGCAGGCGACAGACCCAGCGUCGGAGUCGAGGCCAGUGAAUGUAAGCUGGAGAUCGACGUGGUCUGUGGCGAGCGCAUUAUGGGCUCAGCUAGUGUGGCGUUGGAGGAUCUACUGCUUUCGUCUAAAGCUUGUGCAUUCGAGGAAGACGCGACCGAUGGCAGUGAAUUGAAGGUGAUUCGCCUGAGUCCUCAUUGGCUUCCACUGGCUGGAAAUGACGCCGGUCUGCUGCAGAUUUCGCUCGAGUUUGUGCCCGUUCCGGCACAUUUGCAGCGAUAUUCCAGCAAGAGCGAUCUUGUGAGCGUUAGAAGCUCUGGCGUCGUGCUGCAAGACAACGACGCAGAUGGUACGGGUCAGUCCAACGCUGAGGUGAUAGAUCGCAUGCGCAAGGCUCGUUUUGAGCCCCGCGAUCUUGUGGAAUUCUCUCGAGCUGUCCCUUGGCUCGAUCAACGUGACGAUGUGCCUCAACAGGUCGAGAGUUACUCGAACAAGGUUAUCGUAUCAAGAAGUGGAGGAGUCACGAUGUACAUUCCAACGCAAGGAGAGAGCACACCGCCCAAAGCCAAGUAUGUUGGUAGUCCUCCACUAGCACCAAAACCACCCACGGGAUCUUUCGGUUUACGUCCCGGCGGUGACCAGGAGCAGUUGAUGGACAAACAGCUCUGGGAUUUAUACUAUUUCGGCAUUUCGGACGAAGCUCCCGAGUCGAGAGACUCGGACGGCUUCACGCAUCCGACAAGUAUGGGAUUGGACUUUUCUAACGACUUCUCGGACCUUACAAGUCGCUCGGGGGUCUCAAUCUACAGUCGCCAUGCUAGUACGUGCGCCAGUGACGUAUUGGCGUACAAUGAGCUCAUUCAGGACAUGGAGAGUGCUCUCAAGUCUACGAAGGAGAGCUCACCUCCACCUAGUACUGCUUCCAACCAGGAGAACGAGCAACCAGAGACUAAAAGUCCAGCGUCUUCUCCACCCAAACUCCACCUGAAGCUCCGUCGAUUGAGCAAACCGACAAUAAACCUCAGCAAUCCUCUUGAUCGCAUCCAGUCUCUGUGGCACGAGGCUAAAGCUCGAGCAAGCAACAGCAGUACUGGAAGCAACUCACCUAACGAGCGCACUCCACGGAGAAAUAGCGAAAGCAGUCCAAACAGCAGCAUUCCCAGUCCAGUAGUAUUCUGUCCACGGCCGUCUCCAACGAAAGGAGAGGGGAUUAUCCUCUUCGAUCCCCAAAAUCUCCCAGUUCCAAUCCCGUAUCAACGUUCUACCUCACGUGACCAGGCACUGGAAGUAGCCACCAAGGCCGAACGUGAGCGACUAGCUGCAGCAGCAGGACCAAGACGCCGGUCACUCCCGAUAAAUACCUUAUACCGACACGAGAUGCUUCUACAACAACAGCGGAAACGUGCGCAAAGACAGCAACCAGAAGCCCAAAUGAGUCUGCAACCUUCUCUACUGGCAAGUGUGGACCCUCCUCUAGUCAGUCGUGCUCGGAGCGAGUCACUCCACUCCCUUACCGAUGUCUAUCUUCCUAAGACUGGAGAUAUGCACGGCGUACAGGUCACGACUCCAACUACCGAUACAACUGACAGUCCUUCGAUUCGAGGAGCACCGACCCGAGCAACAGCCCGCCGUCAUUCAGGCAGUAACGUCGUGUAUAUCAACGGUGCUCCAUUGUGUGUUGGCAAGUUUAUCAACGUCGGCAAUGUGCCUGGUGUAGUCCGCUACAUCGGCACCACAAGAUUCGCGACUGGUACGUGGGUGGGCAUUGAGCUUUGCGAGCCAAAAGGCAAGAACAGCGGCACCGUCGAUGGCGAAAAAUACUUCAGUUGUGCACCCAACCAUGGCAUCUUCAUUCGGGCCAGUCGCUUGGACCUCUCAUUGCAGUAGGUCUUACUUAAUCUUUCGCAGUGGCGUUUCAUUGCGACGAGCAGCACUUGGAAUUAGCCACGACAACGAAAGUCGAUGUUCAAUCAGGUUUUUAUGAAUCCUCUUGACCUAUCGGAAACAGAGCAGCAUUUACAGGCCGCAAUGCGUGCUGCCAUUCUCUUCCCAGGUAGGCGACGGGGAACGUAAUGCAAAAUAACAAAAAAGUGAUGUUUCGCAUGAUUCUA